UCUGACAGGUUUGCAGGCAAGACAGGAGGAGCAAAUCUUGGCCAUGAUGGGAUGCUGCAGUGUGACCCAAAGGCACACCGGCGUAGACGAGGUGGGUCCUGAUGAGAUCGAGCUGCUGGAACUCUCUGGAGACCAUUUAGGGGUGUGGAGUCUGGGAGAAACCAGGCUUCAACUGUCGGUGAGGUGCAGCAAGGACGACAAGCAGCCGCCAUCACGCUGCUCUUUAUUACCACUCAUGGAGAAACAGCAUACUCAUACGGGGGUGCUGUGGGGCAAAAGUAGAGGGGAGCUGCACCAGCGGAUCUACUCCAAGCAACCUAUCAAGGGCUGGGAGGGGAGACCUGCUCACAUGUAUGGAGAGAUCAUCCACUCAUCUCUUGUGUACCUCCACAACAAAUACUCUCAGGAGAACCGUGAGCAUUUCCUGGUUUUAUUUUCCUUCCACCUUCUUCUGCUCUCCCUUGAUCACAUACAGCAAGACUUCAUUUAUGAAGGCUUGCUUCCACUUUCAGGUAUUUCCUUUCAGGUCAUCACAAUGGACAGUGAUAUCUCUCAGUCACCUCACAUGUUUGAGAUCAGCAGUUCAAUGGUUGAUCCGAAGAUUUUCAUCUGUUCCAAUGCUGCAGAGUUACAGACAUGGAUGAAACACAUAGAAGACAGAAGAUAUAAGUCUCGGACUCAAUCAAUGAGUCCUUCUCACUGUGCUCUUUCCUAUCUACUACCUUGUGAUGAGCUCUGGAAGAGAGAGGAGCUGAAGAAAUACUUGAUGCAUGCUCCUAUAUGGGAGUGGGAAGGUUUGCCUAUACAACACAUGGGUCUACCUGGAUACAUCUCAGUGGUCCAUAUCAUCAACUCACACAGACAGGGCCUCCAAGAAAGGCUCAUGAUUCUUUUCCCUCAAGACAUCCUGUUGCUGUCAGUGGACAACAAACAACUCAAUAUAACGUACCAGGGCAGGCUGCCUCGGCGAGGUGUCAAAGCUACAGAGAAAUCAUGCCAGCCAGGACGACUUGAGUUUGAACUGCGAGGAGAGCUGCUUGAGCCCCUGCAGGUCUCGUGUACCUGCCUUGAAGAUUAUCAGAACUGGAUCUUUCAUUUACAGCAGGUAAGGGAGCAGAUGCGGCACACUUUUGGCAUAUCUAGACGGAAACAUCCACACUGAAGUUAGCCCCGCUGCACCAGCACUCGUGCCAAAGCUGCGCAGGAGCCGCAAAGAAGCCAUCACCAUUGACCAAUAUCAUGUUAAUGGACGCAGUUAAAUGCAGAAUAGUAUUGCCUGGAUUGUGAGCAGCUCACCAUUUGGAUGAGUUACAUUCGGUAGAGCUUCCUCACAAGGUGAAAUCUGUGUUUUUAAAAUACCCAAUGUAACUCAUUGGCUGCCAUUGAUAGCCAUAGACGUCAACAUUAUUUGAAAUUGUCGUCACAGUUCAAAUGGAUGUGACGUGUAUGUCUGUCAAUGGCAGAUAAGAUACCCUAGGCAUGUUUUUUUUUUUAUUUUUUUUUUUACAAAUAUAGAAUUUACAGAAGUUAAACUUUUAAAAAGUCUUUAAACACACAUUUAGGCAUAACAUAAUAGGAGGUAACAAAAGCAAUUGAAAACAUCAAAAUUUUGCACUAAGUAUUUUUUCAAAAAUGGUCAUACUGAAAAUGGAUGGCUAGAUGGAGUUGGACAUAAAGAGUUACAUAAGAUGGACCUUGGUCAUGUCAAGAAAAGGGAAAAAUUUGUUUUCUCAAUGCAAUUUUGGUUGUUUUGUUACACAAUAAAGGGUUUAACACAAUCUUUUCAUCCUUUCCAUGCACGUAAACUGAGUUGAGACACAAUAGGAAUAGUUCCAUUAGUGCGGGAUAUAAUUUUCUGUUUCCAUAAGAUACAGUGCCCUCCAUAAUUAUUGGCACCUCUGGUUAAGAUGUGUUUUUUAGCUUCUAAUAAUUUUUUAAAAUUCAAAUAAUAUGGGACCUUAAUGGAAAAAAAAAAAAAAAAAUCCAACCCUUAAAGGGUAUGAAAACGCAAAGGAGGUGCGAGACAUCAAUAGAACUGUUAUGUGCCAAGAUAACAAAUAUUGAUAAAGUUAACAAAAAAAUCAAUCACAUUAAUGAGCAAUUAUCGAAAAUGACGAACAUUUCCGAAAGU